GCGGUUUAAUGUCAAGUUUAGCAAAAAGUCCUUGUUUCCGGUUUAGCCUUAUGAAUAUUAAUUGUUAGCCUCUUUUGUCAGAAAAAACUCCGCGAUUUUCGUUGUAAUCGUCAUUUAAACAAAAGUUUGGAGUGAUGGAAGUCAUCAAGAACGGAGAACUAAAUUGCACAGCCGAUGUUCCACAGCUGCAUGUCCAUGAGGAGGAGAGGAGAACCUUUCUGGAUCAGGAGGAGCCAGAGUCUCCUCAGAUUAAGGAGGAAGAGGAGGAGGAACUCUGCAGCAGCCAGGAUGAAGAACCGCUGUUACUGAAGCAGGAGAUCGAAUCUGAAUGUGGAGAAAUUGUUGUAGUCCAGUUUGAUGACCUCUCAGAGAAACAAGAGAGGAGCUCCAGUCUGGAUGAAGAGGAACCUGAGCUUCAACAGAUCAAAGAGGAACAGGAGGAGCACUUUGUCAGUGAGAAAGGAGAGCAGCUUGAACUGAAGCAGGAAAAUGAUGCUUUUAUGGUCACUGAGCAUGAUCAGGAAAAGAUGGAGUCCAAACCAGGACCAAGUGGGAAUCCAGGCCUGGAGGAAAAUGCUCAGAUCAAAAACAGUGAGAGUUUACAUUGGUGUGGAACAUGUGGAAAAGUUUUUAUGCGACGUCGUAAUUUGACAAUUCACAUGAGAAUCCACACACGUGAAAGGCCUUCUUGUGAAAUUUGUAAGAAAACUUUUUGCCACACAAACAGUUUGCUCUGUCACAUGAGAACUCACACAGGUGAGAGGCCUUUUAUUUGUGAAGUAUGCGAAAAAGGUUUCAUAAAAAGUAUUCACUUAAAAGUCCAUAUGAGAACUCACACAGGUGAAAGG